UUCAUCUAUUGAGAAGCGAGCAAACGAGACACGAUAGCAUCAGACCUAAAUGGGGAUAUCGGCAUCCAAAAGAGUGAAAACCACACUCGACAACUCGGCCGAGUUCAACUCAGCUUGCGACUCAGCCUACACGUACUGUCUCUCCCUAACACAACACGCUUUCCAAGGAGUCUUGCCAUAUCAACUCCCGACCGCCUCUGAUCAAAUUCACACCGCCAUCUCCACUUCCCACAAUUACCCGCUACUCCUCAAGUGGGUCCCGUCUCCUCCAACUCGGUCUCAAAUUGAUUCUGCUCUUGGAAUCGUCGUGACUCGCCAGCAAAAGAACAACAAGAAAUUUAAAGAGGAUGAGGAGUUGAUUUUGGGGAAGGAAGUGUUUAAGGAGUGGGCGGUUGUGUUGUAUACGGAGGCCGUGGUGGGUAAUGCUGGGAAGGCGAUUUUAGCGAGAGUGCCGAUCGGAGCGGCGGGAAUUGUUGGGAUGGGUGCUCUUACUCGGUCUGGUGUGAGUUUGGUUGGGGCGGCGGUUGGUGUAUACGCGCUCGGUGUUGCCACUUCUAUUUAUCUUGGUUUAUCUGGUUAAUGUAAAAGAAAAUUAGACAAUUUCACAUUAGAUCCUUGGUAAUUUUAUUUUAUUUUUUGAAAAUUUGGUACGUGUGUGUGACUUUCACCUUUUGUUAAAAUGAAUUUUAUAUAUUUAUGUUUAGAGAA